AUGGCAAUCAAAGGCAAGCCGAUCACGUCGAAGAACCCCCAGGUCAAUGCUAUCUGCGAACGAGUUCACUUGGAGAUCGUGAAUAUUCUGCGGGUGAGACCUGAUCUACAUGACCAACUCGAUGUGGCGCUGGACUACGCUGCAUACGCCAUCCGGGUCAGUUAUCACUCGGUUCUCCGAGCUUCACCCGCGCAGUUGCUGUUCGGUGAAGAUAUGAUCACUCGCGAGCUUCAUUUUGUCAACUGGGGAUUUCUCUCCAACCAGCGCUUCAUGGCCAUCCUACGCAUAAACGAGCGCGAAAACAUGAAAAGAAUUCAGCACUUCUACAAGGUCGGAGAUCAAGUUAUGCUGCGAAUCCCAGCUCACGGUCGCAAGAACCCUGUCUCUAAGGGGCCAUUCUUCAUCAAGAAGGUGUUCGACUAUGGCAACGUCUGUCUCGACACCGGAUCGACGGAGUACCGUGUCAACAUCCGUCGCAUUUUCCCGGCUGAUCCUGCAUUUGUUCAUUUCCUGGUAUGA